AUAGAAACACUCAGGAAAAAAAAUGACUACGGUUAUCAUAAUUCAUGCAUGAAAGGGUUGAAAAAACUCAUAGUUUUCACACAGUACAUCAGGAAAUACAUGUUUUUUCUCUUCAAAAAUCACAUGCAUGAUGUUCCAGCUGAGUGGAUAUUUUUGCAACUCCAUGAAAAAUAGGGUCAUAAAAAAUUCUUCAAUGGCGUUUUUUUCAGGCCAAAAGACGAAUAAAAACACUCAGGAAAAAAAAAAAAAAAACUUGAUUAGGGUCAAAACACAAUAUUCAAAAUCUCUGAUGGGAAAUUUUACAGACAAUUUGACCCACAUUUUUACUUUUAAAUUCAUUUUUACUUUAGUUCGACCACAAGGGAUUAUCCAAAACAAGGAGCGACUUUAUACUGAAAUAAAGGUUGGAAUGACAGUCGGUUAAAGUUCACUCUGACGGGACAGGACUGUGUUUGGACCCGUUAAGGUUCACAUCAUUCAUGCAUGAAAGGGUUCAUUUUAUGAAAGAAAAAUGUACAAACAAAUUCAUGCGUGGUGCCCUUACAUGUAAUCUUUUCCCCUUACCUUUAAAACAGAAAAAUGUAUGAAAAGAUGAUCCUGAAGAAAUUAGAAUCAGGAUUAGAACCAAAUACCUGACUCUCCCCAUACCCCCAAAGCCAGAGACACUCAUCUGAAAACACUUUAGGAGACAAAGGGUUCAUAUUGAGAAAAAUAACUGUUUUUUUUUUUUUUUUUUUUUUUGUGAAUUUGAAAUUGAAUCUUUAUUUUUUGCACAUUCUUUUUAUUGAACAUUUUCCAAACUGUCCAGUCCAGUGCAGUGUGUGCAGGUUGUGUGAAAUGUAAAGCAGAUCCUAAAGGUGUCCACAGUGAUGAUCUCCACAGUCCAUAUUCAGUCUGUUCCAGGUGUCCACAGUGAUGAUCUCCACAGUCCAUAUUCAGUCUGUUCCAGGUGUCCACAGUGAUGAUCUCCACAGUCCAUAUUCAGUCUGUUCCAGGUGUCCACAGUGAUGAUCUCCACAGUCCAUAUUCAGUCUGUUCCAGGUGUCCACAGUGAUGAUCUCCACAGUCCAUAUUCAGUCUGUUCCAGGUUCUGCAGUCUGAGCUCACACAUAUUCCAGCCCUUUUCCACACUCUGCCGUACACACGUCCUGCUGAGCCUUCAUACACACUCUUAGUCUUUCCACAGAAGUAUAUUCAGAUCUCCCAGACUUCCACAGAUGUUCUGAAGGAGGUUCUUCUGACCCCUUUGGUCAGAACAGCCUUUGGACCCACAUGAACCCAAACUGACCAGCAGACUGAUGUCAGGGACACGUCCACAUGAGCCCAGUCCUGCCUCAGUCUGUCCUGCUGUUGAAUGACCACUGUGAGCUGAACACAUCUGCUGUAAUCCAACUGUUGGAUCUGCUCACAUUCACACACACACUGAAGUCUGCUCCAAAACACUGGGACAUGUGGGGCAGUUUGGACAGGCCCCUGCUGGAGAGUUACUGUCCAUAUAUGGACAUACAUGGACAUUUUGUAAAACAGAAUGUUGCAUUUGUCUGACUCUGUUCCAUAUGGAUAUUUUUGAAGGUACAGUCAGAUUUCCUCCAGACGUCAGAUCUGUGGUUGUUUUCAGCGGAGUUUCCCAUGGUUUCUGUCAGAAGGAGAACUUCUGUGUUCAAAGUCACUUAGAUGAAGACUAUCUAAAAGGCUCUGUUCUAAUAAACUGAAGUCCUCUGGGAGAUGGAGAGCAUCCAUUUUGGUUUGUGCAUAAUAUCUGACCUGGAGGGAUUCAUAACAGUCUUUGUUUGUAGUCUGUGUUUAGUUUGUGAGGACUCCAGUGUUUUAAAUGGCCCCUUAUCCCAAAGAGUACAAAUAUGAUCAUUAUCAUUUCAGAUCUAUCAUUUCUGACACUUAGAGCCAGUGCCCCCUUUGGUUAAAUCAGGAUUAUAACCAAUGUUGUUUUUUGCUUCUGAAUUUUUUUGCGUCAGAAUUUUUUUUAUCCUAAAUUCAUGAACAUAGUAAAAUUAAUAGACAAAAAAAUUCCGACAUUUAAUGUCAGUGCAGAUAAAUUCCGUUCUAUAAAUUCCGUCUUUUCUAAAUCCAAACCUGAUGACACAGUCGUACUUCCAUCCAAACCCAUCAGACCGUUCUAUUCUAACGCCGCCGUUUCCUUCCAGACUUUCCCAUCAUGCCCCUGUCGGACUUCCUGCUCACCCUGAAGGACAACCCUUACUUCGGGGCGGGCUUCGGGCUGGUGGGCGUGGGCACGGCGCUGGCGCUGGCUCGUAAAGGCGCCCAGGUGGGCAUGGUGUUCUUCCGCAGACGCUACAUGAUCACUCUGGAGGUUCCCAGCCGGGACAAGAGCUACCAUUGGCUGCUGAGCUGGAUCACCAAACACGCCGCGCACACGCAGCACCUGAGCGUGGAGACGUCGUACCUGGCACACGAGAGCGGACGAGUGCACACGCAGUUCGACUUCCACCCCAGCCCCGGAAACCACAUCAUCUGGUACGGCAGGAAGUGGAUCCGUGUGGAGCGGACCAGAGAAAAACAGAUGGUGGAUCUGCAGACGGGGACGCCCUGGGAGUCUGUGACCUUCACCGCAUUAGGACGAGACCGACACUUUUUCCUCAGGAUUUUACAGGAAGCCAGAGAACUGGCGCUGAAGCAGGAGGAGGGGCGCACCGUCAUGUACACGGCCAUGGGAGCCGAGUGGAGACCCUUUGGGUUUCCACGGCGACGGAGACCACUGAGCUCUGUGGUACUGGAGAGGGGCGUGGCCGAGAGGAUCGUAGACGACGUCAAGGAGUUCAUAGGAAACCCCAAAUGGUACACAGACAGAGGGAUCCCGUACAGACGUGGGUAUCUUCUCUUCGGUCCUCCAGGAUGUGGGAAGAGCAGCUUCAUAACGGCGUUGGCAGGUGAACUGGGUUACAGUAUUUGUCUGAUGAGUCUCAGUGACAGAACUCUGUCUGACGACCGUCUGAACCACCUGCUGAGUGUGGCACCACAGCAGAGCAUCAUCCUACUGGAGGACGUAGACGCAGCCUUCAGCAGCAGAGAGCUGACGCCCAUGGACAACCCUUUGGCCUACCAGGGCAUGGGCAGGCUGACCUUCAGUGGACUCCUGAACUCUCUGGAUGGAGUCGCAUCAUCUGAGGCCAGAAUAGUGUUUAUGACCACCAACUACAUCGACAGGUUGGAUGCGGCGCUGAUCCGUCCGGGUCGUGUGGAUCUUAAACAGUACAUCGGACACUGCACCCACUGGCAGCUCUCAGAAAUGUUCCGGCGCUUCUACCCGGACCGACCGGGCGCCGAGGCCCAGCUGUUCGCACAGCGGGUUCUGUCCGUCCACAGUGACGUCAGCGCGGCUCAGGUGCAAGGACACUUCCUCCUGCACAAAGACAACCCUGGGGGGGCCAUAGACAACGUGGCACACAUGAACGAGUGACGGAGGACGACUAAGACCAAGUGAACCCAGCUGAACCAACAGGACUGGACCAGGUCUACGUCCAUAUCAGACUGUGAACCCCUGGGGCUCUGUGUGCACCCCCCUGCUGACUGGACCCCUGAACCCCUGGGGCUCUGUGUGCACCCCUGACGUCCAAACAGACUUCAUUUCUGUGGAACUCUAGUUGAAUUCAGGUUCACUCAAGAAUCAGUUUGUACAGUUCAGUCUGAUUUUGUCAAAUGUUUCCAUGUGUUUGUGUCGGAACAUUCAUUCUGUCGAUACAAACCCUGAAAUAAAUAAAUGAGUUUGCACUGAACUGCACUGAGUAUUCACACACACAGUCUGAGUUGAAUGUCUUUAUUUCCAUUAUUCCACGUGACUGUAAAUGGAAUGU